AUGGAGUCCGCGGACAUCAAGCCAGAUGACGACUUUAUCGCUGUCAUGGGCGUGACCGGCGCUGGCAAGAGCACUUUUGUAUCGCAAUGCACAGGUUCGCCGCCCCUCAAUGUCGGCCAUGGUCUCGAGUCCUUCACCCAAAGGACGACUCUCCAUUCUUUUCAGCACCGUGGCCGCACCGUUCAUCUGAUCGACACCCCAGGCUUUAACGAUACUUUUCGCUCGGACGAUGAUGUGUUCUCUGAAGUCGCAUAUACCCUCGUGAAGGCACAUCAACUUGGGAUCCGGCUAGGUGGGAUUGUCUAUUUACAGUCGAUGACAGAUGUGCGUGUACAAGGCUCUGCCGUACGAAGCCUGAGGAUCCUAGAAGGGUUAUGUGGUCCUGAUGCGUACCCGAGCAUAGUAUUGGCUGCCACACACUGCGAAAGCUGUUCGUCAAUAGAGCGUGACAAGAAGCUCACUGAGCUACGGUCUAAGCCGGCUUUCUGGCAUGAUCUUUGUGAAGGAGGUAGUAUGGUCGCCGAGUUCCGAAACACUCGACCUUCGGCCUUGACCAUUGUCGAUAUGUUGCUGGAUCGAGGGCAACGGCAUAUCCUGAGCUUCCAGCGACAAAUGUCCCGCGGUAUGCGACUGCAAGAUACAUAUGCUGGCAAACAGCUGCAAUCGGCGUGGUCAGUGGCUUUUGACAAUCUUCGGCAGGAGAUGAGCGAAUUGAAAGGGGAGCUGCAGACAGCGCUCCAGCAGCAUCGUGAUGCCGGUGCACAGCGGGUUAAAGAUGAUAUGCAAAACCUACAGACGAGCCUGGAAGCCCAGCAGACGAAGCUGAAUGCACUCAAUGCCACUGCUGAGACCUUGAGCAAGCAAUGGGACAAGAAGCUGGAGGAUGAGCAUGCAUUGAUAUCUCGCCGCCUGGGUCAAAUAGAGUCGGACAUCGUGACUCUCCGCGAGACAGCGGGCGAAGAUCAUGAGUCGUCGAGCAAACCACCAUCAUACGAAGAGGUCGUGAAAAUGCUACAGUCAGCCAGAGAGGAGCGGGAUGAGAUCAUGUCGUUGAAGCAGUGUCAGCUAUCGGAGCGAUCACUGAAAGUCUCGAAGCAGUCAAAUCUCGCGGCUUGGGUGGGUGUCAUGGCCGGCGUGGGCUCGUUUGGUCUUGCCCUCGCGCCUUUGAUGUGUAGCGUUAUGUAG